AUGAAAGAAGGAGAUGUGGAUAAAAGGGGCUUGAAGACAAAUCCCAAGAAAAUUAACAAUGAAAAUGUAGUAGAGCAUGUCGAAUCAUUUCAUCCUACGAUAUCGCAUUAUAGACGUGAGCAUGCUCCCAAUGUAAUGUACUUGUCUUCAGAUAUUACAGUGCCAGCAAUGUAUAGUGAUUAUUGUGAGACCCACUGCACUGACCAGGAGAAACUGAUCUCAUACGAAUACUACCGUAAGAUCGUCAAAGAUCGCAAUAUAUCUAUUGCUAAAUUAGGUCACGAGGAAUGUGAAUUAUGUCAAAAAUUCUUGAUUCAUAAUCCUAGAACUGAUCUACGUCACCGAAAUUGUGAGGAAUGUAAAAAUUAUGAGAUUCACCACGAAAAGUACAUUUUGGCUCGAGCCGAGUACCAGCGUAAUGUUGACGUACAAAAUAAUAUGAAAGGCAAACCAAUCAAUGCAAAUUAG